AUGGGAUCUAGAGGACAACAUGUAAUCAAUAAAUUCGUUUCAUUCGUAGAAUUGAAUAUAUUUUUGCAGGCUUUUGAGCACAGUGUGCACUGUCUUUAUAUUGUCCAUUUUUUAAGGUUUCCUGUGGAUGGUACAGAAACCGUGGAUGACUUGAUUCAGAAGGUGGAGGAUGCUUCUGGGGUCUUUGCUCGGCACCAGAGACUCAUUUUCAGAGGAAAAAUGCUCGAAAGAGGAUCAAAUAUGGAUGAAUCGAAGCUGAAAGAUGGGUCCAAGGUCAUGCUCAUGGCCUCUUCAACAACUGCCACUCAGGUCUUGAAUGCUCACCUCUCCUCCAUGUUUCGGAGCCUUGCGAAACAAAAGGUGUGUUUGUGCUUGCAGGAGCGGGCAGCAGUCUGGGGGAAGACCGGCGUGGCCACAAUUCGAGAUGCAGGGGUGGCAGAGGUUCCCAGUCAACUCUGGGACUUGGGUGAGUCAUUGCGCGCGGCGGACUUGGGCGGCAACCGGCUGACAUGCCUGCCAUCAAACAUCGCAUCGCUAAAAUCCCUCACCCGGCUGCGGCUGAGCGGCAACCGGCUUGUCUCAGAGGGUGUUCCCUGGGCGCAGCUUGCGGCGCUGACCCAGCUUACUGUGCUUGCCUUGGACCACAACAAGUUGACGGACAUCUCCGAUGGCGUAAGAGCUCUACAAAGCCUGCAGAGCCUCAAUCUGGCUCACAAUUCUCUGACUCAGCUGCCAGCAGCGGUGGGGCAGCUAACUGCACUGAGAAGACUGGACUUGAGGAACAACCAGCUACAGAGCCUGCCAGAUCAGCUAGGCAGCUGCAGCGCGUUGAAAGAGCUAGAUGCAGCGGAGAAUACCUUGACGGCGUUGCCGGAAUCAGUGGGACGCCUGCAAAAGCUUCGCUCCCUUCUGCUGGACAAGAACAGGCUGAAGGGCGUGCCAGCAGCAGUGCUGAGGAAUUGUGGCGCGCUUGCCACUCUGACGCUGCACGGCAAUCCCAUGACUGUGGAGCAGCUGCGAGAGUCGGACGGCUUCGCGGAAUUCAACGCCCGGCGCUGCGCAAAGCAUGACAAGCAGCUGGAGAUGCAGGUCUUUGCGCUGUCAGGGGGGUUUGAUGAGGGGGCAGACCAAGUACAGUGGCAGAGCUGGGGAGCAGCGCCCAAGAAGUGA